UCGGUGUGUACAUUUGACUAAAACUGAAAUUGUAAAAGUAGGCUUAACUGAGUUUUGUUUGGAGGCGUUACAUGGUCGAACCUUUUCCCAUCGUGUUGCGUCAAAUCAUGAGUUUGCCGCCAUUCCGAAACUUUUCUACCAAUUUAACGAAUGAAGCAAAUUCGGAAAGCGAUUUGCUGAGUCUAAACUCAAUCAUGGGAGUUUUUUUCCUAAUUUUCUACAUUUCAGUAUCUCUGACAUCCUUUGUUGGGAAUUCUCUUGUCUUGUUGAUUUGCUGCAGAAGUCUUCGAAGGAAGCAAAGGAGCGACUCUACAAGAGAGCACUUUUUUAGUCUUUAUAUCGCUAAUUUGGCAUUUUCAGAUUUGGUGUUCACAAUGUUGACUUUUUUCGAUGCUCUGUACGCUAUGCAAGGAGAAUGGAAGACGGGGAACUUUACUUGCAAAAUUCAAGGAUUUCUUGUUGAAACCUGUUACACAGUGUCAAUUCUGACCCUAGUUGCAAUCAGCCGAGAACGAGUCACCACUGUUUCCAGAGCAGAGGUGAAUUCGCGUGUACAGAAAGGAAAAGAACGGAAAAUUGUAACAAUGAUACUAUGGAUUGUAUCAAUCCUUGCUUGCACUCCACUUCUUUAUGCUUACUCUACUUUUUUUGAUGUUAAAGACGGUGUUUGGCAAUGUCGGAACAAGACUUGGGGAAAUACAGGCAGACAAGUUUAUUACAGCAUUGCAGCUCUACCGCUAUUUAUUUUCCCGCUCAUUUUCAUGACUUACACACAUCUUCGAAUCAACAAGGUUUUGAAAUCUCAAGUUGCGCCGAGCGAGCACAUGCUUAAAGCAAUACGUUCAAGGCAGAGGAAAGCUAGUAGAAUGCUUGGGAUGGUGACACUACUCUUCUUCGUGCUCUGGUCUCCUUUCAUUCUUCUGAGAACGCUUCGAUAUUUUUCCUGGUAUAAAGGCUUAAAUCUUUGGAAGCUUUCCCAACUUUUGGUUAUCGCUUCGUCAGCAACGAACCCCUUUGUUUACUGUUUUUACAGCACGCAGUUUAGAGGCUAUUUUAAGACUGUUUUAACUUGCAGAUGUACGAGAUUUGUUGCUGGGACUACCACUGAAGGAACCACUACAAUCUCAAACUCUGUCGUUAAUUAAAAAUAGAUUAAAACGGAAGGGAUUAUAUUAAAUUAGAAGGAAAUCAAUCAAAAGUAGAACCGAUGUUUUCCAUCGUUUCGAUAAUUCUUGAAACCAGCCAUUUGUUUGCCUGCGAACCGGAACCGAAGCGAAUUUAUAAAUGUGGCACCGGGCCAUUAUUCGUGGAUGAAAACCUUGAUAGCGAAAAAGUUCCCAUUUGAAUUACCUAUACAAACUAUAUAAUAUAACGGAA